AGUCAGGAGGGCCCUUCAUUGAUCAGGUGCUGGUCCUGCAGAACUAUGCCGAGGGCUGGACAGAUGGCAAAUGGGACGAGAAGGUGGAUGAGCGGCCCUGCAUUGAACGCCUCAUGUACUCAAAAGACAAGCAGGGCUACUACAGGGGUUGGUUUUGGGGUUAUGAGGAGACUCGAGGGAUCAACGUCACCUGUUUGUCUGCACAAGGUCAUGCCUCUGUCUUGGCCCCUUUUCUACAGACAAAUAUUACAGCAACGUCAGUAAUGCUUGACAGAGCAGAAACUGUCCUCCAUGAUCACUAUGCUGGGAAAGAUUAUUGGGAUACAAGACGCAGUAUGGUGUUUGCAAAACACCUUCGCAUCAUUGGAAAUGAUUUCAGAGCCAAGUACUUGAACUCUACAGAUGAAAAAGACCAUACUGUGUACAGUGAGGACUGGAGACUGAUGAAGGCCAAGUUGGGCAGUGCCAAGGGUGGCCCAUAUCUAGCUGUCCAUCUCCGAAGGAAAGAUUUCAUAUGGGGACACCGAGAAGAUGUCCCCAGCCUCAAAGGAGCUGUGAAAAAAAUCCGUAGUCUCAUGAAGAAGCACGCACUAGAGAAUCUCUUUGUUGCCACAGAUGCGGAUGAAGAAGAAUUAGCCAAGUUGAAGCGUAUGUUGCCAGAGAUGGUGCGCUUUGAACCCACUUGGGAGGACCUGGAGUUCCUCAAAGAUGGUGGUGUUGCCAUCAUUGACCAGUGGAUCUGUGCCCAUGCCAGGUAUUUUAUUGGUACCUCAGUCUCAACCUUCUCAUUCAGAAUUCACGAGGAGAGAGAAAUUUUGGGCUUUGACCCUAAAACUACAUACAAUCGCUUUUGUGGUGACAGUGAACCAGAAUGUGAACAGCCCACACACUGGAAAAUAGUAUACUGACUGUAUUUUAUGAUCGUGGACAAAGAGUGCCAAACAGUGUUCAAUUUCUUUACUUUUGUAAAUACAUUGCAGUAUUAAAGUGUUGUUGUGUCUUAUAAUGAAAUAAAACUUUUGUAAUUA